UGUAGGCGGAGGCGUUGAAUCAGCAGCAGCAGCAGCGGGCGGGGGGCGAUGAUAUCAUGAUGCCGUGAUGCCUCGGGGCAGAUUCUCAAAGCCCGAGGCAGCUCCGUCUCCAUCGUCGUCCGAACGUCGGUCCCCAUCAUCAUCAGCAGCAGCAGCGGCAGCAGCAGCAGCAGGCACGGGAGGGCGCCCACGGGACCAUGCGGCCGAGGCGGCGAGCAGGACGGGCCCAGCGAUGCUCGCCCGGCUCCUGUCGGCCGCGCUCUACGGCAUCAGCUCCUUCCUCAUCGUGGUGAUCAACAAGAGCGUGCUCACGGCAUACAGAUUUCCAUCUUCUAUAUCCCUGGGCAUCGGACAAAUGGUGGCCACGCUCGUGGUGCUGUACGCUGGCAAGCAGUGCGAUGUGGUCUCCUUCGCUGAUCUGGACCGGAGUGUCCUUCGCAAGAUUUUCCCCUUGCCUCUGAUCUACUUGGGAAACUUGCUGACAGGGUUGCUGAGCACAAAGCGGCUAAACCUUCCCAUGUUUACUGUGCUGAGAAGAUUCUCGAUUCUCUUCACAAUGAUCGCGGAGGUUAUCGUGCUCAAGAAGAAAGUGUCAACCUCCGUGCAGCUGACAGUGAUGACCAUGAUCCUGGGUGCCUUCGUUGCAGCUAGCUCUGACCUGGCCUUUGACCUCCAGGGCUAUGUCUUCAUCCUGCUCAACGACAUCUUAACAGCUGCCAAUGGAGUCUACAUAAAGCAGAAGCUUGAUACGAAGGAGCUGGGCAAGUAUGGGCUGCUGUUCUACAACGCGCUCUUCAUGAUCGUGCCCACGAUGCUGAUAGCGCACGUCACUGGCGACGUGGACAAGGCUUUGGAGUUUUCUGGCUGGGCUGACCCUCUCUUUGUCGUACAGUUUCUCCUCUCCUGCAUUAUGGGGUUUGUUCUCAUGUAUUCCACUGUGCUGUGCACUCAGUGGAACUCUGCCCUCACCACAACCAUCGUGGGCUGCAUUAAGAAUGUCUUGAUCACCUAUAUUGGGAUGGUCUUUGGAGGGGACUACAUCUUUUCGUGGACUAAUUUUAUUGGUCUGAACAUCAGCAUUGCGGGCAGUCUGGUGUACUCCGUCAUCACGCUGCGUGGCGAGCGGGCGCAGGCCAAGCAUGCGUCUAACGGCCUUGGAGAUGCGCGCCUGCGCACCACGGUAAAGAAGAAAAAGUGAAGACGGGGAAGGGUGGGGGACCAAGCGGAGGGUUACAACUCCUAAAAUUCCACACUUCAAGAAAGUUUCCUUACAGCGGUGGCUUUCGUCGAUUGGGUAAUUUCAUCUGGAACGACUUAUGGUAGUUUUACUUUUGAUCUCUGCAUGUCAAGUUUUGCAUUGCCAAUAGCCGAGCGUACUACUGAUGGUUUUGUGAAGCUACUGGCAGUUAAAAUCCUUCCCUAUAUUUUUAUGCACAUUUCAAAGAAUUUAGGAGUGAAUCUGGAUGAUUAUAACUUUGAGAACAAAAUUGUUUGUACAAUGGGAAAUGCGUUGCUUACAUUUUGACUGAAGGAAUUUUGGUUUUGUCGAUCAAAUAAAAUCGGCAACAAAUCAAA